GUGCGUGUCGAGAGUGUUGAGUGUUCCAAGUUUUGGUAUCGCCCGGUUUGUUCUCUCAGUUUUCUUUCUACCCUUCAGCAGACGCCUUACUAAGAAUGUCUCCGGAAAAAAUUCGAGGAGAAAUCCGUGAUUUACCGCGAGAUAAUCCUGCAAAGUGUGAAGGUUUGAUUCGAAAACUGUAUAAACGCAUCACGUCCUUGCAAGAUUACGAUGAGAGAGAGAAUCUGCUUGAUGAGCUGGAAGGUGUCGCCUGCUGGGGAUUGCAAGAGGACCUGGAGAAAAUGUUGAAAGAAAAUGGGUUGCACCUAGAAGCGUUACCCCUGGUUGUGAGAUACCUGACAAAUACAGGACAGCUUGCGGAAUAUUUGUACAGACAUUCUGAAGAGGAUUUAGAGAAGGAAGGCUUGGCGAGUGUAAACAAGCGGCUUCGACCACAUCUUGAAGUGCAUGGAGGCCUCAUUGCUGAAGGAAUCGAUGUCACAAAGGAAUGGGUGAAAAGGCUUUGUGAGAAAGCUCCGUCACUUAAGGUACUUUCUCGGCUAGAGUCAAGCGAACUUCAGUCUUACUGCCAAGGAGCUGAUGACGGAGAAAUGGACCAAGUUCGCCAUCUGGUUGAAACUGCUAAGUUUAACGGAAAAAAAAAGCCCCCCGACGUUCCACAAGAUGAUGGACUCGUGCAAGACACUAAAGCAACGAAAGCAGUAGAUGAAGCAAAUCUAAAGAAGGCAAAAGAACUGAUGAAUGAAGCUAAAACAAUGGCUACAGACAAAUCGGAAACAGCAAAGAAGGCCGUCAACGACAAAAUAAAAUUAAUUAUGGAAACAAUUGAGCUACCUUUAGAAUGGUUCAACCAAGAUCAAAUGCAACCAGAUCAAAUGUUUCAACAGUUAGAUCAGAUAAUUGACCGAUGCAGCGAAGUUGUGAAAGCAGAUGAAAUUUACAAGAACGCGGUAGAGGUGAUCACCAAAGCCAGUGCUGGGAAGGCACUAUUCGGAAUUUAUCAUUCUGAA